AUGAUUGGUGUAUCAGAAUUAGGAGAUAAAACUUUUUUUAUAGCGGCUAUAAUGGCAAUGAAAAAUUCUAGAUUUAUAGUAUUUUCUGCUGCUUUUUGUUCAUUAAUCCUGAUGUCAGUUCUUUCAGCUGCUUUAGGUUACGCUUUACCAAAUUUAAUUCCACGUGAAUAUAUGAAUUAUCUUGCUUCACUUUUAUUUUUAUGUUUUGGUAUCAAAAUGGGGUUUGAAGGUUAUAAUAUGUCUGGUGAAGAAGCUGAACAUGAAAUGGAAGAAAUAUCAGAAGAAUUAUUAGAAAAAGAUGAAAUUGAACGUAUCGAAUCCGCUGAAACUGGUGGUGUAGCUGAUGAAACAAAUAAUUCGAGCUUUAAAGAAGGAUUGGUUAAUUUAUGUCAAUUUAUAUUCUCUCCCGUUUUUGUUCAAACUUUUAUACUCACAUUCUUGGCAGAAUGGGGUGAUCGUUCUCAAAUUGCAACAAUCGCAUUAGCUGCUGCACAGAAUGUUUACCUUGUAACAAUGGGUGUUAUUAUUGGUCAUGGGUUUUGCACAUGUCUUGCAGUUGUUGGGGGAAAAUUUUUGGCCGCAAAAAUUUCUGUUAAAACAGUUACGAUUAUUGGUUCAAUUCUUUUCAUAGCAUUUUCAAUUAUAUAUUUUUAUGAGGAAAUGACUAAAAUUAAUUAA